UUGUUGAUCGACAGGUGAAGCUCACCUUCCCUCAAUAAUUCUUAGAACUAUCCUCUUCCCACUGAGAAGCUUCUAUAAAAACACACACACACAUAGUUCACAUUUUCAAGCCAACCCAAACAUAGAAAAAAUAAACAGAGAGAAGGGAAAAAACAGAGAAGAGAGUAGAAAACAUGGGAUCAGUACCAGAAACAGUUUGCGUUACCGGAGCUGCAGGUUUCAUCGGGUCAUGGCUUGUCAUGAGACUCAUGGAACGUGGCUAUAUGGUUCGCGCCACUGUAAGAGACCCUGCUAACAUGAAGAAGGUGAAGCAUUUGCUGGAACUGCCAGAGGCAAAGACCAAGCUGACUCUGUGGAAAGCUGAUCUUGCUGAAGAGGGAAGCUUUGAUGAAGCCAUCAAAGGGUGCACUGGAGUUUUCCAUGUGGCCACACCCAUGGAUUUUGAGUCCAAGGACCCAGAGAAUGAAGUGAUUAAACCUACCAUAAACGGGGUACUAGACAUCAUGAAGGCAUGCCAGAAGGCCAAAACUGUACGGAGGCUGGUUUUCACAUCCUCUGCAGGUACCCUCAACGUCAUAGAGCACCAAAAACAAAUGUUUGAUGAGAGCUGCUGGAGCGAUGUUGAGUUCUGCCGAAGAGUAAAGAUGACCGGUUGGAUGUAUUUUGUUUCAAAGACACUGGCAGAGCAAGAAGCGUGGAAAUUUGCCAAAGAGCAUGGCAUUGACUUCAUUACAAUCAUUCCACCCCUUGUUGUUGGUUCCUUUCUAAUGCCGACAAUGCCACCAAGCCUAAUCACUGCUCUUUCUCCUAUCACCGGAAACGAGGCCCAUUAUUCGAUCAUAAAGCAAGGCCAAUAUGUCCACUUGGAUGAUCUUUGUCUUGCCCAUAUUUUCCUGUUUGAGCACCCUGAAUCAGAAGGAAGGUAUAUCUGUAGUGCAUCUGAGGCUACUAUCCAUGACAUUGCAAAGUUAAUCAACUCAAAGUAUCCAGAGUACAAUAUCCCCACUAAGUUCAAGAAUAUUCCAGAUGAAUUGGAGCUUGUCAGAUUUUCAUCAAAGAAGAUCAAAGACAUGGGAUUCGAAUUUAAAUACAGCUUAGAGGAUAUGUACACUGGAGCAAUUGACACGUGCAAGGAAAAAGGGCUUCUUCCUAAAGCUGCAGAAAAUCCAAGCAAUGGCAAAUAAAUUUGCAUUGUUUAUAUCUUUGUGUCUGUGAUGUAUGAUAUGGCUAUGGAUCCUCCUUUACCUAUUGUGUUUCUUGAUUAGGAUUUCUGUUCUUGAUUAAUUAAGGUUUUUGUGUUUAAGUUUUGUAAGGCCUUAGGCCAGAUUAUCUUUCAAUAAGUUAAACGAUGUCUACUUAACAAGUGGAUAUACAGUGGUUGCUCAUUGGAUUGGAUUUUAGAACAGCCUACUCUCAGUGGUGUCAAGGCAUGGAGGGAGUUUUGGCUAGUCGGUGGAGAAAGGGAUUUUCUCCUCUGGCUGUGUUUGCAUUCUUUGCUUUUGUUGUUGCUGUUAUUGUGCGUGUUUAAUCUUUUGUCUUUGUCGAAAGCACUUGUAUAUAACUUUUUAUAAAACUUAUGCUUUUGAUGAA